AUGGCUGAAGAAGGACCGCCGCUCAACUACUUCCCCGACCCCCCGCCCUUCUACAAGCACUUCACUGCUGAGAACCUCGAGCGCCUGGCAGAUAUCGAGAAGGAAGCCAACGACACCAGCCCAUCUACACGGCAUCUCGCGCUCCCAGACGAACUCCGCUACCUGAUCCCACCCCCGCCUCCGAGCGCCCAUGAAUCGUUCCACGUCUUCGGCGAGCUUGCCAAAAGCUCGGGCACCAACAACUUCGCGCAGACAAUGGACUUUGUAUCCAAGACUCUCGGCGAGCAGUUUGUCUUGAGUGAUUGGACAUAUACGCAGCUCUACCCCUCCACCGCCGACCCGUCCAACUCGACCGAAGCGAACAUCGACCGUCAGCAGUACCUCAACCGCUUCAACCGCUCCAUCAUCAUCGAAUACAUAUCCCUCCUGGGCAUCGUCGCGCUGAACCCUACCAGCGAGCACAAGGACAAGAAGCUCAAGCACAUCCUGACGCUGGUGUGCAACAUGCAUGCCCUGAUCAACGAGUACAGGCCGCACCAGGCGCGCGAGACGCUGAUCAGGAUCAUGGAGGAGCAGGUCAGACGCAAGAAGGCCGAGGUGCAGGGCGUCAAGGACAUGCGGGGGAAGGUGGAGAGCGUGCUGGACGGAUUCGGGACCGCUGUGAAGGGCGAGACGGGGACAGAUACGGAGGACAGCGAGGAGAGGGUGUGGGGCGAGGCGGACAAGAGGAGGGACGCGCAGAGGGGAACGUGGGAUGCUCUGGAGGAGCUUGUGCAGUGA